AUGUCGGGACCACGCGCAGACGCAAAAGCACCGCGAGUAGCCGUGGACAAGCGCCGCGAAAAUACAAAUUAUAACAAACGAUCACAGGCCAAACCAAAGCUCACAAAUAAUCGACAGAUCUUUCUGUCGAUUCUGGCCUUUCGGCAAAGGCCGAGGGGUUACGCAAGGCACGAUACCUCAGUAGCACAAGGCUUGUUUCUGAUUAUAGUUGUAAGGAUUGUUUUAACAAGAUUAGAGCAAACGAUGUUUGCGAAAAUGAAAAUUCAUGAGUGGUUAGUGCAGUGCACUCAUGUAAUUAAUCAGCAGAAUGCAGAAGCAGAUCGACGUGAUAAACUACUCAGAUCAUUAGCUUUGUUAUUAGUCGAAAAAAAGAAACGGAGAAACAAAAAGAAGCGUUUGUGGGUUGCACCAAUUUUUCAAAAACGCUGUGAGCAUGGUUUUUAUCAUGCCUUGCUGCCAACACUGAAAUUGGAAGAUCUGCGGUUCCAUAAUUAUUUUCGGAUGUCAGCCACGCAAUACGAAGAGUUGUUAUCUAUAGUAGGUCCGCAUCUAGAAAAACAAUACGUUGUGCGAGAGCCGAUAAGUGCAGCAGAACGAUUGACAUUGACAUUACGAUUUCUAGCAGCUGGUGAUUCCAUGUCUUCAAUGACGUAUCAAUAUUUGAUAGGCUUGACAACUGUAAGCAACAUUAUUGCUACAACGUACAGAAUUAUUUGGGACAAUCUGUGUCCUGUGGUCCUUCCACCU